CGCACCCUCCUUCCGCCCGGCCCUGCAGACGCUACUCGGCUGCCGGCGCGUGCAGCCCAAUGACCGCGGACAUGCGGGGCGCCGGGGAAGCAGAGAGCACAAGACCAGGAUCAGAAGAGCUGGUCCCUCUGUAUGAAGAAUUUAUUUACUGUUGUGGAGCUGCUACUCAGGUCUUAAAGUGUGGGCCCUGGAAAGACCUCUUGGAAACUGAAAGUAAAACUCUCCCCAGGCUCUUAUUUCUGAUUAUUCCAGGUAACCCAGGACUGGCAGGCUAUUACAGGACCUUCAUACGGGCAUUAUACCAUGGACUAAACCGGCGGUACCCAGUUUGGGUUGUGAGCCAUGCUGGGCACUGCAAGCCCCCUAAUGGCAUGGGAAUGACAGAAGACACGGAUAUUAAAGAACUAGAGGAUGUCUUUGGACUUCACGGACAAAUUGAGCACAAGUUGGACUUCCUCAGAAAGAAUGUGCCAAAAGAUAUGAAGCUUGUGCUGAUUGGUCAUUCAAUCGGUUGCUACAUCACCCUUGAAAUGAUGAAGAGGGCAUCGGAACUUCAGGUUGUCCGCUCUGUGCUGCUGUUUCCAACAAUAGAACGCAUGGCUCAGUCCCCACAAGGCAAGCUCCUGACACCUGUGCUGUGCAAGCUUCGGUACAUUCUGUACAUGCCAGUCUACCUGCUGUCAUUUCUUCCGGAAAGAGUCAAAACUUCCAUGGUGCGGUUUGUGCUGCGAGGAUUGAAAUAUCCUGAUGAAGCUUCAAUAGUUACCUCCCUAAAUCUCUUCAGUGUGGAUUGUGUUGCAAAUGUCCUGUAUAUGGCAAGCCAAGAAAUGAUGAAGGUUGUGGAGAGAGACAGUACAACUAUAAAACAAAAUUUAAAGAAGCUGAUUUUUUAUUACGGCGUUGCAGACAACUGGUGCCCACAACAGUAUUUUGAAGAGAUCAAGAUGGAUUUUCCAGAUGGGGACAUUCGGCUCUGUGAGAAGGGAAUCCGCCAUGCUUUUGUCCUAGAUGCCAGCAGAGAGGUGGCGGCCAUGAUCACAGACUGGUUACAAGACAUUUUGACCAGAUUAUAAACACACAUUCAUUGAAUAAUGACAAGAAAAAAAAAGUUACCCUUUGGUGAAUAUGUAGUUCUCUGUCAAGAGUCUGAUCCUAAUUUUUCUGUGCAUUAUAGAUUAUGGCUUGUUUUCUACUGAGAUAUCUUACAGAAGGAUAAAGUCCCACUGACUGGUCUAAAUCAUAGCUCCAUCAGCACAAUAAUAUUGGAUCCCCUUGCUGUACCAGCAGGGCUCUACAAGGCAUUUCAGGGAUUCUAUCAAUUACAGAGCAGGACUUUACAGAGUAUGGAAUAAUUAUUAGCUGAUAGCACUGUCCACAGAAUUGGUAUGAGAACCACCAAGACAUCUCUCUGGAUACAUAGCUGGUAAGUGCUAGAAGAGCUACACGUGAGAGUAGGGAAAGGACAGGCCUACGGUCAGAAGUGUCAAAGUAGAAUGUCUCAAGUUAAAUAGCUACAUCCAUAUUCAUCCAUUUAUGUAAGUGGCGUGGUUCUCAGAGGUACUGCACACCCACUGCAGUCAAUGGGAACUGCAGGUGUUCAGCACCUUUGAAAAAUCAAGCCACUGUUGUCAUGUGCCUAAAUACAGAUUUAAGUCCCUAACUCUAGAGGGAUGCAAGAUUAAAACUUUUGACCCAAAUACACAAGUUGAAUGAAUUCACAAUAAGAAAAUGGCCAACAUUUCUGUCACAACUGGAUGUGCAUAUGAAAUUUCAUGAACCAUUUUAAAACAGAUCCUCAAGUGGCGUAAAUAAGCUCCAUCAGUUUGUCAGUUUGUACCAGCUGAGGAUCUGGUCCUUAUUGUAAUACAUUACUGAUAAAUACACUUCAUCAGCCUCAUGCACACUCCUUCACCCUUUUAUUUCACUUCAAUCUAGAUUGCAAAAAAAAUCUAUCAUUGGUGAAAAUGACUCAAAGCUAAGAAUGAAAACUCUAUAGGCAUUGGGAGCAUAAAUUGCCAAAAGAGACGGUGGAAUUAGGAAAAACAUCCUAACAGUGAGAUUGUGAAAUAAUCUCUCAAAGGAAAAGAUAUAAGCCCAGUCCCCAGAGACAUUUAAAAAUAGAAAAAGCACUGGAUAAUAUAGUGUAAGGAGCAACUCUUCCCUGGCAGAGAGAUAGGUGACCUAAUACGUCUUCUACUUCUCUGACUUGUAUGAUCCACUAAGAAUUUAAAUAAGGCACUAGGGGAGAUGGUAGGGAAGGCCUGUAUGAUGCAGGAGGUCAGACUGGAUAACCCAAGAAUUCUCUUCUUGCUGUUCCUUUAUAUGAUUACACACACGGUCAUUUCUGUUUAAGUUCCUUUGUUACUUUCUGGUAUUUAAAAGCAAACUGUAGCAGAAUCCAGUUUCCAUUUUUUUAUGGACUUGUCUUCAGAACUCCAGGGUUGUAUAACAGCUGGUACACCAAUGAAUUUAUGGAUGAUAUUUGUGAAUGAUGUUAAUGAAACACAAGAUGAUGCUUAAGGCUGAAAUGUUAGACAAUCUGUAGUGGCAUAAGCUGAAUGUGUGUGAGGCAAUUGUCCCAGACUGUUCUGUGAAACUACAAUGGUUAUUACAAGCUCAUAGAAGCUGCCUUCCCUCAGCAGGACCACAGUGGCACAAUAGAAUAUAUGUUGUUGCCUUAUAGGGUCAUAACAUCUGCAACACCAAAAAUCACUGUGCUCCGUUUUGAAAUCUACAGUUAUAUGUGUAGUCAAACAGCCCCCAGAUGCUGAUAAUGCAGUCAUUUUAGAUGUUCUUUCUGCUGCGGCUUCUGAACCCAUGUUCUAGCAUAGAUACUCUGUGUGCAGGGUGAGGCAUAUAUAUGUAUGUUAGCAACAAAUGUCAGCACUGAAUUCAGUAGAUUCUUCUGUAAUUACUUGUUGAUAUGGUUGAAUAAAUUGUUCGUUCCUUGCAGUAUAUUGAAUUGAAUAGCUGGUUAUGGAAUCAGUUUGUAAACAUUCAGCUGUUUUAAGUGGCCCUUCCAGAAGUAGAAAAUCUUGCCAUAACAAGAGACUACAAGCAACCACCAAAGCCUGGAAACUGAAAACCUAUGGUGUACUCCUGUUCACAGUGUAUUAUUCAUAUACAGAAGAUGGGGAACUGACUUCACAAUACAUGAACUUUGUGUAUUC